GCCGUUGCAUCUUUUUGCCAGGCGCUAUGAGGCGUUCCCGAACAUCAGGCUCCGCUUACAGAAGAGUCUCAGCGGCCCCUGCUCCCCGUCGGGGUCGAGCGGGAAGACCUCGGCACCAGAGGUCUCCCCUGCAGCCCCCUCGCCGCCGUCCUGCACCCGGGCGAUCCCCACGAGCAGCGGCCGGUCGUGGAAGAAGACGGAGGUGCCGGCCCGGCCAGCGUGCCUUACAAGAGAUCCGAAAGUAUCAAAAGAGCACGGGGCUUCUCAUUCCAAAGCUGCCCUUCGCUCGUGCGGUUCGCAGUGUCUGUCUGGAAUACACCCGAGGAGUUGAGGUGACCUGGGAGCCGAAGGCGCUGCUUGCCUUGCAAACAGCAGCAGAAGUUUUCCUUAUAGACCUCCUGGCAGAUGCCUACCAGUGUGCCUGCGUUUCCAAGCGGAACACCCUCCUUCCCAGGGACAUCCAGUUAAUUCGGCGAAACCGUGGCCUCCAGGAUGGUUUGGGUUAGUUCCCUUCCCCUGUUUUGCUGGGCUGAGGAGGAGGUAUGUUCUGGGGCUACAGAGCUGCAAAGAAGCAUCCUGGGACUGCUUUGGAGAAAGAAGAGCCAAUUCCACACCACCUCCAAAAUUCCAGGGAUUGAGAGACCUGACCUGACCUGACCUGACCCCUUCCUAUUGCUGGAACUUCCACAGGAUCUCCCUGGUUGACAUCUUCCCACCGCCCUGCUCAGAAGGGAAACAGGGAUCCAUCUAUCCAGAGGUGAGAAGAAACGAAUGGCCCAAGUACCUGGAAAGGACUAGAGUGACUUUUUUUGGCCUUCCUCCCAGCCACCCAUUUUUAAAGCCUGUAGCCCUUCAGCAGGGGAGCUUCUGCAACCUUCAGUUUGAACCUCUCUCAUGCCACAAUGUUGAAAAAUCGUUCACUGUUCUUGAAGCCUGUUCUGUGCUUUUGUGCUUCAGAGUUUAAAAUGUUUAAAAUGAAAAUGUUUACAUAAAUC